GUGCUGAAAAAGAAAACGGAGAAAUCAAUAUUAUUUUCCAACACUAGCAUUCUUCAGCAACAGGCAAAGGUUGACAUUGAUUCUUGCUUGUAGAAACUGGUAUUGUUUUAUUCUUCUUGCCAACUUUCUUGAGUGAUAUGUUAUAUAUUGUAUAGGAAUGGAUGCUCAAGUAUCAUAUGCCUUUCACUCUGAGAGGAAGCUACAUCCAGAGAAAUUUAAAAACCAAUUAGUAAACCAGAGUACUUAUUUAAAGCUUGGAUGUACUCAAGGAUGGUUUUCUGCCUCUCUUCUUCAUUCUUUUUCACGGAACAUAGCACAGCUUACAAGGGUUAAAGUCAUGAAAAGCAAAGGCCAAUGGGAGGACCUUAACAUUCCUAGCAGCAUCAGGUCCAUUGUUUGCCUCAACUUGCCCAGUUUUUCUGGUGGACUCAAUCCUUGGGGAAAGCCCAAUGGGAAGAAAUUGCGUGAUCGGGACUUCACCCCUCCCUACGUAGAUGAUGGCCUUAUUGAAGUUGUUGGUUUUAGGAAUGCCUGGCAUGGGCUUUUACUGCUUGCUCCAAGUGGACAUGGGACUCGUCUUGCACAGGCAAGUAGAAUUCGUUUUGAGUUCUGUAAGGGUGCAGCUGACCACACAUUCAUGAGAAUUGAUGGAGAACCUUGGAAACAACCACUCCCAGCUGAUGAUGAUACAGUUGUUGUGGAAAUUUCUUAUCAUAACCAAGUGACAAUGCUGGCCACCACAUCAUGCCGAUCCAGAAGUAUACAUGAUCCAGCUUCACCUAUCAAUGGUCAUGAUGAUGAAGAGGACAAUACUGAUGAAGAAGAUGAAUCUGCUGAAGAUUGGGAAGAACGAAGGAAGUUUGGAGCGGCUGACACUUUCAAAUUUCCAGAUGAUUUUGAUAUAUCUCAACUUAGUUGAGCUCUAAACAUAUUAUCCUGUAGCGUAUUGCUUUGGCUAUGGUUGGUUAUGUCUACUGUGGCCAGCAGAACUAAUAUCCAUUUCCAAUGUACAGCCCCGUAUCCACCUCAUUAUUAUGGUUUCAGUAAAAAAUUUUGAGCAAUUUUGCUGCA